GAUGGCGUGGUAUUUCUGUGUGGUGCCACACACUCCUGCCCUCAUUCCCACAGCAGGACAUCCACCAGGGCCCUGCUCUCCCCGAGUGUGUGAACUUCAGGACCCCCAAAGCAGCGGGACAAGGACCCUCUUCAUCUUCUGGACAAGGACAGGACAGGAGACACUCAGAGUUAUUGAGUCAUGGGGGACUGGAGUUUUCUAGGGAACUUUCUGGAGGAGGUGCAGGAACACUCCACAUCAGUGGGUAAAGUGUGGCUCACUGUGCUCUUCAUCUUCCGUAUUCUGGUGUUGGGCACGGCCGCCGAGUCUUCGUGGGGCGAUGAACAGUCUGACUUCCUGUGCGACACACAGCAGCCCGGUUGCACCAACGUCUGCUACGACCGCGCCUUCCCCAUCGCCCACAUUCGCUACUGGGUCCUGCAGAUCGUCUUCGUCUCCACGCCCUCGCUCAUCUACAUGGGCCACGCCAUGCACACAGUGCGCAUGGCUGAGAAACGACGACAGAGGGAGCAUGAGGAUCGAGAAGUGGAGGAGGGACGAGGAGAAGCAGGAGGAGGGGGAGGCGAGAAGGAGUACAUGGAGCAGAAGGAGAAAGAGCCUGAUGCUCCAACCAGGAUCCAUCUAAAGGGGGCGCUGCUGCAUACCUAUGUGCUGAGCAUCCUGAUUCGCUUGGUCAUGGAGGUGACCUUCAUAGUGGUCCAGUACAUGAUGUACGGGAUCUUCCUGGAUGCCCUUUACCACUGCAAUGCAUUGCCCUGCCCCAACCCCGUCAACUGCUACAUGUCUCGCCCGACGGAGAAGAACGUCUUCAUCGUCUUUAUGCUGGUGGUGGCGGCCGUGUCCAUGUUCCUCAGCGUCCUCGAGCUCUACCACCUGGGCUGGAAGCAAUGCAAGCGCUACUUCAGGAAGUACGCAAAGAGCAUCGGUGAUGCCAACGACGAAAGCGGCAAGGCCGUUUCCACCUCAACGACAGCCAAGGUGGCCAUCAGAAUGGAGCUGCCAGAUACCCCCCAGUCACGCCCUUCCCAAACCUGCACCCCACCUCCAGACUUCAACCAGUGCCUCGCUGCAUCCGGACGAGGGCCAACGUCACCUCCGCAGCUUCACCACCAUCAUCACCUUCACCCCAUUCACUCCAACUACCAGCCCUUCAACAACCACCUAGCCCACCAGCAGAACUCCGCCAAUCUGGCAACGGAGCGCCACCACUGCAGCCACGACAACCUGGAGGUGUGUGAAGACUUUCUGCGGAUGAGCUACGGGCAUCCGUCAGCCGCAGUGUCCAUGUCCUGCGGUCACGGCCCACCUGAAGUGCUACCUAGCGCUCCGUCCACGCCCACGUCCAAUGGCAGCACAAGCUUCAUCAGAGACAAGCGGCGCCUCAGUAAGACCAGCGGCUCCAGCAGCAACAGGGUCCGGCCAGAUGACCUGGCAGUAUGAGCCAGCUAUGGGUUUAGGCAUCUGGAGGCAUGCAUUGGUUUGGAGUGUGGAUAUAUGUGGGAGUCCUUGGUACUAGCAGUAAAUUGAAAUUUUAAGGCAUUUUCACAUUACACUAUUUUUUUUUUUGGACCCGGUAAGAUUGGUCAAGUGUGAACGUGUCCUUGGAGCCCAGAAGUGGUCCAGAGUACCCAGUUCUCGGUGUCUUACUGAAAUGGGCGGUCUGGGGUUUACUUCAAGCGGACACAUCCCAAAAUCACCAUGAUUUUAUCCAAAUAGAACAAUAAAAACUAGCAAACAGCCUAAGCUUUCUUGAACGUACACAAAAAGAGAUUGGAAAGAAAUCAAUGUGAAAAUGCCCCUAAUUUAGCUAGAUCUUCUCUCAGAUUAAUUUCGAGCAUCAGUGAGGACAACAUGAGAAGAAGAAGAAGAAGAAGAAGAGUGGAGAAAGAGAGAAUCUGUAUCAGAGCACUUUAUACUUUAUUUGGUUUCAUUGAAACUGUUGAUCAGCAUUAAGAGUGGGAUAAAGACAGGGUAGAUCUAGAGAUUGUAUAUAGAGAUACGUAAAAGUAAAUUUAGCCAUAAAGACUGGUGGGUGUGUGGGUGGAUGGAUGGAUAAAUAGGUAUAUGUAUGAAGUUGAGAAAUCAAAAUUUGAGGAACACUAUGAAGUUACUAUAGAUAUAUAUUUUUUUCCAUUACACUGUAUAAACAAACUGAAACCUUGAAAAAAAAAUCAACGCACAUCGCAACUUUAUUCCCUGUUAAUCGUGAAAUGUGAAAGGUAAGCAUAACUACAUUAUUGGCAUUCUGCUUGCAAAACACAAAUGCAUGGUUUGAGUUCAAUAUUUCACACUUCUACUCAAUGAUAAAACUCUUGCAUUCGGACUGCAAUUGAAAAAACAGGAGGACCUGUGAGGUUUGCUUUUUUUGCUUUUUUGAGUUCAGUAGCUCCUCCAUUUCCACUUGAUGUUGUGUUUUUAACAUGGAUCUCUGUGGACACCCAAGCACCCAAAGUGUUAUUAUGGUGCGUGGCAGUGGACAGAAUUUUUUUAAUUAAAAAAUUAUUAUAUAUUAAACAUGAGGAGACGAAACUCAGAGAUGUGCAUCUGGACGGGACUAAAAUUACUGGUGGACCACGGAGUCUAGAGAAAAACAGUAGAUAAUUCAGUCUGUAAUUUUCUUCUCAGAGGACGUCUGAGAAAAACACGUACAUGAUCGUACUGGACGGGAAUAAAAUCACAGAGGACACCCAUAAAAGAGAAAAUUACCCCAGGAAAUCCCAUCCAGAUAAGGCUUUAGUCAAACCAAACCACAGUCUGACAUAUCUAAACCACAAUAUCAACUAAAAUAUCUCCAAUAAUGACAUUUCCCAGGUCUGUGAAUGUCUAGUAAAUGUUCAGGUGCAGUAAAGCCAGCGCUACUGUGAAUACCAAAGAGAUUAAGGAGAUGCUUAAGGAGAGAACGUACCUCACGCAGAGAGGACAUCUGCCUCGCUCAGACAAACUGUACGUUUCCUGUGGAGACGAAUAAUUGCAGACACCCUGCAGAGAGGUUGUUUGCCGUGUAAUGUGAUGGACUUGGCAAUCUGACAGGUGUCACAUUGACUGCUGUCAGUAAAAAGGAACAGGCCAAAUAUGUGAAGCCAAACAAAGGGACAAAGCAACAGCUUUCCACCCCUACAACUCAGCUCAGUGAUAUCAGGUUAAUAUAAGAUUGUCUGUGCCUUUAGUAGGGAUGCACUGAAAGAUAUUUUGCCCAAAUUAUAAAAAUAAAACAUUUGCUCAAAGGCGAACAUGUCUUUUUUUCAGUAUUUCACAGCAUAAAUUACAUAGCUUACAUGUAUUUUUAUAUAACUAGAUAUCUCAGUUUAUGUUCAACAUUUAAUUAUACUGCCAAAAUGAAAUUACACAGACUCUAGAUAGAUCAAGAAACCAAUACAGAUAAUAAUGACAUUGUGUUUCCCUUUAAACAGUAGGAACUUACAGCAGCAUCACACGUUCCUAGAUAUUUGGUGACCUCUAGUGGACUAAUUUCCUAGAAAUUGAUUGAAAAGAACUAAAUAAAGUUCAUUUUAUUUACAUAAAUGGCAUUUAGCUGGUGCUCUUAUAAAGAGUGACUGGUAAAAUGUUAUUUCUAUUACAGAUUUUGAUCAGAGAAGUGUUAGGAGUCUUGCCCAAGGACUCUUAUUGGUGUAAUACAGCAUUCAGUCACCCAGAUUGGGAAUUGAACCCCAGUCUCCCACAUGAUGUUGUAGCUCAAUGGCAUGCAGUGGUGUUAUCCACUGUGUCACAUUGACCACAGUUGUUCCUAUCCCAAAUGGUGCAAUGGCAGUUGUAUUCUGUUGUGUUUUACAUUAUCAAUUAAAUAUGGCAGCCCAGAGGAUUAAAAAUGACAUACGAGUACAGUCUCGAAAGGGAAUGUUAAUAUGCAUGUCCAAAUCAUGGAUAUGAUGGAGAUAACAGAACAAAUAGUAUUUUCACAUUAAAACAAUUGAACAAAACUGUGUGCGUUUGUGCGUAUGUUUGUGUGUCAAAGGUUAAAGAGUGUAAAAGGAUAGGAUUUUAUGAUAGGAUGUCCUGGAGAACACACUAUUACACUGCAAUAAUUUAAUGUGUUUUCUUUUUCAUUUUUAGAGGUCAUUCUUUUAAAGCACUAUGUGAGUGGGAGAUUACAGGCACUAUAGGCUGUGUUUUGUAUGUAGGACAACAUGUUUGUUGUUUUUGCUUUCCAGAUUACACUUAUUUUUUCAUGUAUCCAGCCUUACAGUGGC